AGUGACGGGCAGAAGUUUUGGUGAGAAAGAUUUUCGUUCUGGAUUAGAAAACGGCAUUCUUCUGUGUGAGUUGCUGAAUGCAAUAAAGCCUGGAUUGGUAAAAAAGAUCAAUAGACUACCGACCCCCAUUGCAGGUUUGGAUAACAUCAUCUUAUUCUUAAGAGGCUGCAAAGAGCUGGGACUUAAAGAAUCUCAGCUUUUUGAUCCUGGUGAUCUGCAGGACACAUCAAACAGAGUAACCAUCAAGAACAUUGACUGUAGUAGGAAGCUGAAAAAUGUAUUAGUCACCAUUUAUUGGCUAGGGAAAGCGGCAAACAGCUGCACGUCAUAUAGUGGAUCAACCCUGAACCUGAAGGAGUUUGAAGGUUUGCUGGCACAAAUGAGAAAGGAAACGGAGGAUAUUGAGAGCCCAAAGCGCAGCAUUCGUGACAGCGGCUAUAUAGACUGCUGGGACUCUGAACGCAGCGAUUCCCUCUCCCCGCCUCGCCAUGGCAGAGAUGAUUCCUUUGACAGUCUGGACUCCUUCGGCUCCCGCUCGCAGCAGACACCGUCUCCAGAUGUAGUGCUCAGAGGGAGCAGCGAUGGGAGAGGAAGUGACUCGGAAACUGACCUGCCACACAGAAAGAUGCCAGAUGUGAAAAAAGAUGAUAUGUUGGCGAGGCGGACCUCACAUGGUGAACCUAAAUCAGCUGUGCCUUUUAACCAGUACCUCCCUAACAAGAGUAAUCAGACUUUCUAUGUACCUGCUCCACUUCGGAAAAAGAAAGCUGAACGAGAAGAGUACCGAAAGAGCUGGAGCACGGCGACUUCACCACUAGGAGACAGACCUUUCAGCAAACCCCACCCUGAAACCAUAGAAGAAGAACAGAAUGAAACAUCAGGACUGUGUGAAAAGGAGAAAGUGGGCUCCCUGGCUCCUGAGGCAAGCUCCCUUAAAAAUGAAGUAGGUUUGAAUCAAAACGAAGGAAACUCCAUAGACCAGUCUCCUUCACGUAGUGCAAAAGAAACAUCAGCACCCAAGGGGAAAGAUGCAGAAGAGAUCAGAAAGUUAAGAAGACUCGAACAAGCUGGCAUUAAGGUCAUGUCAGCAGCCCAGCGCUAUGGCAGUAAAAAGCCAACAUGUGAAGACAACGGAAGCACCCCAGACAUCAUCCUUCGCAGGGACAACCCCUUCAUGACACAUUACCAAGGGAAGGAUUCUGGUUCAGAAGAUGAAGCAGCCAGCAGAGUUCCUGAUUUAGAAAAGGAUGACUUUGCCACCCGGAGAGCCAGAAUGAAUCAACCCAAACACAUAGUUCCGUUUAACUCCUUUUUACUUGGACCCUAUACAAGUAAAGAUAAAGGUAAACUGGAAGACAUUAAAAAGCCAUUGCAGAUGGAAAAGCAGGAACAUGCAAGAAGAAGACGGGUGCAUAUGGCAUCAACGAGGCAAAUAGUGACAAGCAAAGAGAACCCACUCCUGCAAACUGAGAAGACUGAGUCAGAGGAGGAACAGCAGGUGAAAGUGCCAGAUACUGAGAGAGAUGAUUUGGCUAAACAGAAAUCUCAAAGUACCCUUCCUCAGCUACAAGAAGAUGCGAUUUUUGUGAAUGCCUCUAUAACAAAAGCAGAUCUGGAGACCUGGAAAAGAUUGAAACUGUCAGGGGAGCCCAGUGAAGAAGAUUUCAAAUGUCCCAGUGACACUCUGCCACCAGCUGAAAUCAUGGUGAAAGCAGCAGCCCAUGAUGAUUUUGCUGUCCGCAAAGCCAGAGCAAACAAAAAGGCUGGUAGCCCCAAGCAGAAGUUUGUGCAUUUUGGGCCAGUAACUGAGAUUGAUCAACAGAAAUGGGACAAGCUCGUUAUUGGCAGAGCUUCAUCCAAAAAUAGAACAGAAGAGGAAAGCAAGAAAGACGGUGUGGAGAAUCACUCUGCUGUUGAAAGCUCUCUUUCAACCACUGUUGGCAGUCUUGGGUUUGCUGAACACAGCGAUGAAGUAUCUAAGCCACAGAAUGAAUCCAGUCACAUCGUUAGUGAGGUAGCCAUGCCAGAUACAGAUGACUCUUGCAGGAGAAUGCUAUCACCUGUCCCGGCUUUUGGCAUCGUCUCUGAGAAACAAACCCUGUGCAGUUUGAACAAACGGCAAGAAAGCACCGAGGAAGACUGCGUCGGGCAUUUACCAGACAUUGAGAGAGAUGAUAUGUUGGUUAGAAGGAUGGGAACUUUUCCGAGGCGUACCACUAGCCCCAUUCCCAUACAUUGUCCUCCCCUGUCAGUAGCUCCUCAUCUGCUGCAGCAGCGGCAAGGGGAGGCAGUAGCUUGUGAGAAGGAUUUGAAGACUCCACGGGAAGCAGAAAGUACUGUCAAACGAGAAGAGAGCCAAGAACAGCCUGAAAUCCCGCAGCAGCAGAGCGGUGGAACAGAAAACAAAGUGAAAUUUCCAGACCCACAAAGAGAUGACAUGUUGGCCAGAAGAACUGGAGCUUUCCUAAAACAGCCUGGGCCCAGUGUUAAGCAGUUCCUUCCCAUGCCAUUUUCAAAGCAGCAGAAUAAGCAGGACACAGCUAGAGAUCUUGAGAAGAAAAAUUUCAGGCCUGAAAAAUGUCCACAAGUCUGCAUUAAUAGCUCUGGAAAACCCGUAGUACAACUGCCGCAAGAACAGCAGCAAGGGCAGGAAAAAUGCAGUCUCCCUCCUGCAGGACAAGAUGAGACUAUUUGUACUGCCCAAGUGGGUGAAGGUAGCCUUAAUGAAGUCCACCUUGGUCAAAUGUCUAAGCUUCAGGAGGUUCCUGAGGAAAACAAAACGGAAACGUUGUCAUCCAAGGAUGAGCAUCUGCAAACAUUCGGCCCCAGAACUGCUGUGUCUGAUGACGCAGAGAGUAUGAGCAUGUUUGACAUGAGAUGUGAAGAAGAAGCUGUGACUCAGCCUCAUAGCAAAGCUCGCCAUGAGAAACUGCAGAACGUACACAACCAGCUGAAAGAGGAUGAGACCAGAUGGCAAGAUGACCUGGCUCGGUGGAAGAGUCGUCGAAGGAGCGCUUCACAGGAUUUAAUAAAAAAAGAAGCUGAGAGGAAGAAAAUGGAAAGGUUGUUGUCUGGAGAUGGAACGAAUGAGCGCAGAAAAAGCAUCAAAACCUACCGAGAAAUUGUGGAAGAGAAAGAGAGAAGAGAGCGGGAGCUUCAUGAGGCAUACAAGAAUGCAAAGUCACAAGAGGAGGCUGAGAGCAUCCUCCAGCAGUACAUCGAAAGAUUCACUAUCAGUGAAGCUGUCCUUGAGCGUUUGCAGAUGCCAAAAAUUCUGGAAAGAAGCCAUUCAGUGGAGCCAAAUUCCCCACUGAAAGACCCAAAUCCUCUGAGAUAUUUAAGGCAACAGUCACUGCCUGCUCCAAAAUUCACUGCCACCGUUGAAGCAACUAUUGUUCCCACCACUGAACUAGAGCCCAGUGGUUCGACGGGCCGCACAUCUCCCAGCAAAAGCAUUGUCUCCAAGGCUGUGCCUAUGCUGACACCCAAGCCUUACUCACAACCCAAAAAUACACAGGAAGUUUUAAAGAGCUUUAAGGUAGAUGGAAAAGUCAGCAUGAAUGGAGAAAAUUUCAACGGUGUGCAAGAGAAGGAUAAAGAGUGUACAACAGUAAUACUUACUCCUUCGCCAAGCAGAUCUCUGAAUUUUGACGGAGUAUCCAGAGGGGACAGGCCCCCAGUAGAGUUGAAGAAGGACCCCACAAGUGUUGAGCUCAGUUUACAGAGGCCUGCCACUCAGAGUGUGCACAAAGAGCCAACAGCCUCACCGGUGGAAGCAGAUAGAGCCGCCAGCAAACAGGUCGAGGCUAGCCCUGGAAGUGCAGGACCUGUGAGCCCGGUGUGCCCGUCCCCAGGUUCAGAUCAAAAGCAAUUCAAGUCAACUGCAGCUUGUGCCAGCCCUGUUGUGAAGAGAUUAGAAUUUCUUCCCAGUCCUUUCCCUUCAGAGGAAGCUGCUUCAAGUGAGAAAGAUGUGAAGAAACCUGAAAUGGAGCAGCAGAAGGAAGCAGAGCUUCCUGCUACACCGGAGGUGAUGAAACCAAAAGCCCUGGAACAAGAGGGGAGUGUAGUAUUGCCAUUUUUAAAGAAACUACCUGAGACCAGCCAAGUUACUCUGCAGAAUUCUGGCCUACAAGCUGAUUCUGAUAGUGGUGACAAAUCAAAUCGUUUCAAUUUCUGGUCCUGGGACCCAGAAGAAGAGCGAAAGCGUCAGGAAAGGUGGCAGCAUGAGCAAGAACGCUUGCUUCAGGAGAAGUAUCAGAAGGAGCAGGACAAGCUGAAAGAGGAAUGGGAAAAGGCCCAGAGAGAAGUUGAAGAGGAGGAGCGUAGAUACUAUGAGGAGGAACGUAAGAUAAUUGAGGAUACUGUAGUUCCAUUCAUUGUUUCUUCAAACUCUGCUGAGCUCCUCUCCUCCUCUUCCUCUACCACUGAAGGAAACAAGACAGCAAACACAACUGAUUCAAAGAGCUCUCCAGAGGAAGUCAAACAAAAAGAAGUUACAAGGCAGAAAAAGUUGCUCUGGGAGCAGGACAGUAUACCAUCUCCGAAAAGCAAGGAAAAUGAACUCUGGCAAGAAAAGAGGAGUGGAAAUAAAGUGCUCUCAGGACACCCAGAGAUGGGUAUCUUGAAAGGAGGUGAACAGGAGCACCAGGUGCCAGAGAUGGAGCACAGCUCGCCUGCCAGGCUGAAUCUGCCGUUGACUCAGGACGUCUCCUGGAAUCAGCAGUUGCUGACAAAGCAGUCCCCGCAUCGUGCAGAGGACAUUCGGCAGAGACCAUUCCUGAGCCAGAGUGCGGGACAACAGCCGAGCUCCGCAGGAGAAACAAGGAGGGCAGGCUAUCAUGAGAACUUCCAGUCUGGGCCAUCAUCUCCCUGCUCUCCUGCUGCUUCGAGUCAGUCACCCAACAGGUCUGUCAGCGGAAAGAAGCUUUGUUCUACCUGUGGGCUUCCUCUUGGAAAAGGAGCUGCCAUGAUUAUUGAAACGCUUGGUCUUUAUUUCCAUAUUCAGUGCUUCAGGUGUGGCAUUUGCAAGGGACAGCUGGGAGAUGCAGCAAGUGGGACAGAUGUCAGGAUUAGAAAUGGUCUUCUUAACUGCACCGAUUGUUAUAUCCGAUCCAGAACUGCUGGACAGCCAACCACAUUGUGACAUGACUUGCAGUCCUAAUAACUUUCAAGAAGGAACUCUCUUCUUACAUGUAUCGGCUGCCUCCAGACAAUCACUUGUAAGAGCUUGAAUCCAUGGACGUCAUGGCUCUCAUCUCAUUUUGAAAAACUCAUAAAAAUGCUGCACCUGCUCCUUCAAAAUGCAAUAUGUUGGUUUUUCCCUUUCUUAAGAAAUUUGCAAAAUAUGUAUGACCGUGUUUGGGAAGGCAAAGCCUAAGUACUAUAAAAAAAAAAAAAUCCCACCUUUCAGGUAUGUUUAUGAUUUCCAGUCUGUCACCUUGUUCUUUUGAAAGUAAUAAGAAAAUAAACAUGCAAUAAAGCUGUUUUGUUUUAAUAUUUCUAGGAAUUAAAAAGUUUAAGUUUACAGAACCUUUAUAGAAUAUGCCAACUUGAGCUGAGAAGUAAUUUUAAGAUAGUAUCUAAUCAGUGCAUUUGAAAAACUAAACAUCACAGCACGACUUCUCUGUUAUAACUGAAGCUAUAACUUUUUUUAUACAGAGACUAGUUUGAUAAUACAUCCUGUAAUUCUGAAGCAUUUUGUGUUUAUAUUACCUUCAGUGGAGGGUAGGAGUUAUACAAAUAAAUUAUUGCACCUUUAGUGAUAGGAUUUUUUUGUUUGUGUACUUCAAGUAAUGUUCAUGACUAUAGCUUAAUAUUCUCUCCAAUAAAGAUUUCUUCAUUAAACCUAAAGACUGUAUACCAUUAACGAUGGCAAGAUUCCCAUUAGGAGCAAUCCUUCUUAUUAAGUUCAGCAGCCCGUGUUGUUAUUAAACUUGAUGAAAGGUGAUGCGGGGGAGAGGCGGCUGAGUGGGCGGACACAGCUGAAUUGUGAGCCUCCGAGCUGCAGUUUGAUGCUAGGGUGAAGCUUUUCUCUUUGGCGCGUAACUUGCCCAUUCAUGGUCUGAGUUGGUUUGAGAUCUGCUCGUUCACUCACAAACAUUACGGUUGAUUGAAAUCUCAUGCGGAGAAACACGUGUGGUUUGGGUGCCCUCCAGAGCAGGGAAUUUAACAGCCUUGAGCCUGUGUUCCUCCAUACACCACCCCAAUAAAGUCAACAAAACCCGGGGGUGCGGAAGGCGGGCAGGGAGGAGGCUGGCAGCGGUAGGCAAAAAACUUUAACUUUGCCUGUGUUUGGGCCAGUUUUCCUUUGUGCUUUUUGAUUAAGCAUGUGCUCCUUACUAAAGCGAUCCAGCAGCUUGUUGAAACAGCGGUCAGAGCUGUGUCACUUUAUCUACAAUACACAGACAAGGCUAGGGGAUGUGUUGCAAUUGUAAAAUAUCCUAGCACUUUUUGGUAAACAGUUAUUGGAAAUAUCCCAUUUUAGCAGUUCACGGUGCAACUUAAAAUGGAGGGGAAAAAAUCUACUUAUUCUGCCUUAAAACCAUGAUAAAACUAAAUUGAGAGAUUUAUUUUAUCUAUGUGCACACCCAUUGUCUUUUGAUAUGUUGGUAAAUGGAAAUGAAGUGGUUAUUAGGGAAGCAAUAAUUUUGAGUUGUUCUAUAGCUAGCAACUAUUUAAACACUAGACAGUUGCUUGCGUGUGACUUGCAUACCCAUGCAAAACUGCGUGUCAUUGAAAACUCAUGUACGGUGUUGUUGUUGGAGGACAUUGUGACUAUCUGCUGGAAAGUUGCAUGUUACCUCCUUAAAAUUGUGCCUUAGAAAAUGCAAAGCUGUUGCACACAGUCAACGAUGACUUAUGGAUGCAAUAAAUCCAAAAAGCUGAAGUCCUUCGUGGACUUCACCUGGGGAAUAU